AUGGAACAGGAGUACACGAGUCAACAGUACAGACAGAGUCUCCCGGGACCAACCACCCUGCAGAUGUCCCCGAUUAUUGGGAAACGACCGCCGCCUGGAACGUUAGAGAGGCCGUCAUCCUCCGCUCCCCGCGCCAUUCAACCAAAACCGCGCCCUGAAGCCGAACGAUACUCCGAAAUCCGCCCUGGGGUGCCGAUUCCCCGUGUCCCAGAACCUCGUCGUGGAGAACCUCCGCGCAAACGUGGACGACCAAGCAAAUUAGAUAUACAGCAACGUAAUCGGAGAGCUGAAGAAGAAGCCGCUCGAUUACAGCCUCACCUCGCUCGACCGAAUCAUACACCAAGAGCUGGCUAUAGAGUAGGACCUCCGCACACAGCAUCUCCGGGAGGACCCCAAACCCCGUACUCUCCUGCAAUGGCCCAACGACCACCUCCAUCCGAGCAAAUGCGCGAGCCCGACCCGCCAACGCCAAUGAGUGUACAGUAUCAUGGGACCGAGACACCACCAUCACAGAUACAGGGCAUACAGGCGCAAAGAAUACCUCGACCGCAGCCAAUACAACCGCGAGUGGAGGGUGGCGCGAUGCUACAGGAUUCGCCGAUGAUUAUAGAAGCAAAAGAACCCAGUAGGGCAGCUCCAGAUCCAGAUCCUCGCAUGUCUCCUACAUCUGGGCCGGUAAGCGGCAAUGGCCAACGACCGGAAGGCACAACAACAAUAGCUGCAACAAAACCAGAGUCCCCGGUUAGCCGGGAACGAGCGUCAUCUAUACAAGCCGCUGAAGGCCUAGAAGAAGACAAGGGUUCAUAG